GUCAACAAAACAACCGCGAUGGCGACUGAGGCGGACAACAAUUUAGAAACAGGCAAGCUGGAGUUCUCUCUGGACGUCCCCUUCCCGUCGUCCUCGGAGGCCGUCAUCGCCCUGCGGUCCCUGUCGCCCGACCGAGAGCCACGGAGAGGCGGCAUCAGCAGACAUCUGAGUGUGUCCGGCAGCACGCUGUCUGUGAGGUGGAGCGCAGAUGAGGCUCGGAUCCUCAGAGUGUCUGUCAGCUCUUUUCUGGAUCAUCUGUCGCUCGUUAUAGAGACCAUGGAAAUGUUUGGCCCUCCUGUUGCCCCAUGACGCUGCGCACAGGUUUUUGGACUCUGGUUUUAGAUCCUGUCAGUCAGCGUACUCUUCUGGAAAGCUACUUUGGUGCAGCAUUUUGCCAAAAUACAAGUGAGCACAAGUGUUUGUGUUAAGAAACUGGAAGAUAAACCCCUUAAAAAAUGAUGGUUAGAGUGGAUCUACACUUCUUUUUAUGAAAAAAUCCACUACAAAGAUGCAUCAUCAUGUUUUGUUGUUUUUAAUGAAUAUUUAUGUUUGAUAGGAUUGUUUUUCCAUCAUUUUUUAAAAUCCAACAAUACACGAAUGUUGAAUUGAAAGUUGUGCCUGCUGAAAACUGGAUGUUUCCAAUUUUACUGUAAAGUUCAGCAGGUUGGGCUAGCUAAUAUUAGUUUAUAAAUAUUCCUCUCAUGAAUAUUUUAUCAUUUGACUUUUUAUAAAAUAAAAAGCAAGAAAAUUGUUCAAA